AUGGAAUUAGAUGAAACACAAUUUGAAAAAUUUAUAGGAUUGUUCAGCAUAAGACCUGAAGAUUUUCCAUACAACCAAGAUGUUAGGUUGAACAUUAAAUCAUUGAGACAAAACCAUGUAGACCACCAGCUCUUUUUUGAUGUUUUAUUCUUUUUUAUUGAUGCCAUUAAAGAACCAGAAGUUUGUUAUCCGCCGUCCUCUAUGAGUGACUUGAAAAACCUGUUUUUAACCAUCGACUCAUCUAAUAUCGAUGAGCUUAAGCAGCAAUGCUUCUAUUACUACUUACUAAAAGAUUGGGGAAAAAGUGAAACAUAUGCCGACCAAAUAUUACUACCUUUCAAUUUCCGUCAUUUAAUUGAUGGUUAUUACGCUUUAGAUCAUUUGAAUUUUGAGGAAGCGCUUGAUCACUUCUUACAGCCCGAUGUAUUACCUAACUUUCCUGACAAGAUUCUAGAGACAUUUUAUCGGCACGACAAAUUCUAUCAGAUGAUUCGUUUUGUACAGUUUGUGAAUCCACCUUUGGAUACAUUUAGAAAGCAAGAGUGCUAUACUCUCGCUCUUGCAAGAUUUAGUUUUCUGAGUGCUUUUAAUUUCAUGAAAAAAUGCAUGCAUCCACUUAUCUUAUGGGAAGGACUUCUUCAUGUAAUUUUGGACUCCAAUGAUAAAGAUUCUUGCAAGUUAAUCGUUUCACUUCCUUUAAUUGAAGAAGAAAUCGAUAUUAUGGUGUCUGUUUUAAGCUCAGAAAAAGAACCUCUAUACCUCGAUACUCUCUUAGCUUUCCUCAUACAGUCAGGCAGAAUACAUGAAGCUUGUCAGUUAGCAGCUUCUAAUCCCUAUCUUAAUGAGUCUCCGAUCUCUUCUGCUUUACAAAAGCUAGGCGUUUCAAAUUGA